AUGUCCGCCAUUGGUCCUGAGCUUCCUCCCCAUCUACAAAGCCAAACGACGUCGCAUCCAGAUAAAGACAAUAACGAAGGAUUUCUAGUUGGACCACAAGUUCUAACUCAUCCUCUGGACCCACCCGCGACGAGCAAUGGCCCCUCUGUAACUAUCGGUCCCAUAAUACCCCCACAGUUUCUCAAAGACUCGGCGAAUAGGGAGGAAGAGGAAGAAGAGGACGAUUAUAUGCCGGAACUGCCGCCCGAUCUUGUCCAGUCACGAAUAGCGGGCCCAUCUGCGCCGGGGCCAAGCAGACGACAAGUUGGACCGUCACUCCCGUCUUACGCACCAACAUACGAUCCAAGAAGCUAUGCGGAUAAAGAAGAAGAUGACGACGAUGACUUUGGACCCAAGCCUUUACCAGCUGGGAUGCAGCACCGACAGACAGACGCUGUGAAGGAGUUCAUGGAGAAGGAGGAAAAGAGACGAAAACAUCUUGAAGAAUUGUCAAAACCGAAAGAGCUGCAACGUGACGAAUGGAUGCUCGUCCCCCCUUCGUCGUCUGAUCUUCUAGGGAAACUUGACCCAACAAAACUCAAAGGACGACAAUUCUCGCGCAGCACUGCGCCAGCGUCAGGAAAACCAGACAACUCACUGUGGACGGAAACGCCCGCAGAGCGUCAACAGCGUUUGGCUGACGAGGUUUCAGGAAAGAAGAGGAGAGCUGUGGAGACCCAGCCGGUGGAUGAUGAUCCCGACGGUUUAAAAAAGAGACGAAGACGGGACGAGGAAUUGAUUAGGAAGGGUGUUGAGGACCAUACGCAAAAGAUGCGCGGACCGUCUCUUAUUCAGCAACAUUCUGCUGGGAAGACGGUCGAGGAGAAGAAGGACAGUGGCAUUUGGGACCAUUCGCGUGACAUGGGUCUGGGUGGAAGGCUCAUGGAUGACGACAAGCGCAACAAAUUGAUCAGGGAAUCCAGAGGACUUGGAGAUCGGUUUGGUAGCGGCAAGAGCGGGGGUUUCUUGUAG